AUGAGCGUUAAAAAAAUUGGAAUGAAAGAUUGCCAUCUUGCAGAAGAGGCGGCGAUGGCGUUGGAUCAAAUGUGGAGAGAAACUUCCGGGCAUCAAGGACAAAUUUGUGCUUCGGACGAGGAGGCUGUACCAGCCAGCCGCUAUAUAUGGACAUUGGAGGGAGAGAUUGCUCCUUUUACUGGUAAACAGCACCGUGGUGUUCGCAGAUGCUACGUUUUCCUGUGGAAGAUGAACAAGUUUUGA